CAGGUGGCGGAUAGAGCUGCAGCCAUGGGCUGGGGAGAGACACAGCCUGGAGGAGGAGGCCAAGAGAUUCCUACGGUACACAUCCACUCCACAGAUUCAGUGUUCGAGGUCUAUGUUGGAUGCUGAAGAGCACUGGAAUGUGUGUGAGGAUGACCGAUUCAGUCUGGCCCGACGCGUCACAAACAAGCACUGUAGAGUGUAUUCAUUAGGUCUGGGUGCUGACGAGCGUCAGGUGGAGCGGGCCCUGGUGCGGACGGGUUGCGAGGUGCACUGCUUCGACCCGAGCAUCUCAGAACCGCAUCUGCAGGAGUCGGAGCGGCUAUGGGUCCACCGCCUCUCGGUCGACUGGCGAGACCCCAACCCUGCCAUCUCAGGGCUGCGUCACCACGGCAACACCAAGAAGCUCGCCACCAUCCUCACCGAGUUUGGACACCAGGAGGUGGAUGUUCUGAAAGUCGACAUGGAGAGCGCAGAGUGGAAGAUUCUAGAGAACCUGGUUCUGGAGGGAGUACUGAGUUCCGUGGGCCAGCUGCUUCUGGAGGUCCACCUGCACUGGGCCGGGUUCGAGGUGGGCGGGGAGGACUCUGACGUGGUCCGCUAUUGGUUCAGUCUGCUGAAGGAGGUGGAGCUUGCUCACUUCAGCCUGUUCCACAGCUGGUCCGACCCCAACAAGCCCCGCCUCUUUUUGCACCGGAACCUAUGGAACACCAGCAGUGUGUUUCGGCUAGGCUGGGUUAACACCCGAUGGAAGCCACGCUGACCAAUCAGAUGGAUGAGAAUGUGAGUUUCCCUAGGAACACCAAAAGACCCAGGAGUAACCACUACUUCCAGGAACAAUGUGUGACCAGUCAGUGAACUCACAUGGACACUAGAUAAGUCCAUCCUAGAAUGGACGAGCUGUGUGCAAAAUGAACAUUUUGUUGGAGAGUCUGUGAACAUUUAUUAAAAUGUCUGGUCUUAACAGGGUGAAAACGUCUCAGAGAAAACUGUUCUCAAGGAAAAGACUUUGACGGUAAAAACCACUUGCAUAUCUAACCUUACCAACACUAAGCUGUCAGACUCAAACACAAACAUACACACAUAAUGCUCUCCUGAUGUAGGAAAGUGCAACACACACAUACACACAAAAUACUCUCCUGCUGUAGGAAAGUGCUAUCUGUUGGAUGGACUGCAUCUAAACCCGUAAGAGAGAGCUAAUCUCUUAUUUGUGGGCUUGGCUCAUCAUGUUUAGGAAUUAGGCUAAUACUGGCCGCAGGCUGGAAACGUGACAGGCUCUCCAUCUGAUUUCUGUAUUUAUGUCUAAUGUCCUGUCCCUGGCGGAGCACUGCACACUUAAGCCCUGUAGGAUCCUUAAAAACGCUGAGUCAUGUUUCACCCACCUGAUACCUGACACUCACUGGCCCACUUAUGGGUGAGGAGAUACAUGACUGGACAAGGUACAUUAACACUCAACCUCCUCUCCCUCCGUCCUUCCUACACACACACAUACACACGUUCACUCACACACACACAGUGUUGUCAGGUCAGUAAGCAUAAUCAAUACUGGCAGUACACACCAAUGGUGAAGACAGAUAUGGCAGGACACGACUCAUUUAUUCCCACUAACACAAAAAGUAGUACACACUAGUACACACACACACACACACACACAAAAUUACAAAUUUUGGAGAGCCGAACGACGGAAAUUUGGCUUAGUCCCCCCUGUAUAUAAGAACAUAAUCUGUUUUGCUGUAGAAGGCGAACAGCCAUGUUCAGCAAUCAGUGAAAAUGAUGAAGAAACUAGGCAGGAGGGAGAAAUGGUGACACACUUACAGCAGCAUGUGAUGCAGGGGGAAUUUUCCAUAAAGCUAAUAUCACUGGACAGGCUGCAGCAGGAUCUGACCCCGUUCUGGCAGGUUCGUGUGAGAUCUGGACCAGAUCACACCCAGACUGUUUCCAUUCAACUUUUUAACGCAAUUUUGUUUAACCGAUUGAAAUAGAAAAUCGUUAGAAGAAAUGCGUUCCAUUGUGAGCUGUUCACAUCUCAUCCUGUGAUAGAGUAUCCAUUUUUAAUUCACAAUGACACAGCAGAUGCAAACACCCACGCCACAAAACAAUAAAAAGGGUCAUGUUGAAUACAUUACAUAGUGCUAUACCAGACCUUCAGGGCCCACAUCGACAAUGUCAGAGACUUCACUCUCUCAAUGGUAAGUCAGAGUAGCACCAAAAUUGUGGUGCUCGGACCAUUGACAUGGCUCGAUAGCAACCAUGGCAUUUUCUUUAGCCACAUUUUCAUUAAUGAUCUUAAAAUGUUGGAUGUUGAGUUGUCUGUGCCGGGUCUGUGUAGGUAGGGGGUCAAUGGGUCAGCAGUGUCCUGUGAGUUAGUCUGGUGUGAAGGAGAGGAAGGAACCAAACAACUUUUGUAUGAACUGUGAAUGCAUGUUGAAAAUAGCAAACUGCUAACUGCCAAAUAAAGUUAUAAUGUACAGAUCAACACACA